GCCCCUAACUGAUUGGCUGAGCGGUUGUCAGGACUGUUUACAGGAAACAUGGCUUCUCGGUCAGUUGGAGAGCUUCAAGAAAUGGAAGGUGAGUAAAAAUGAAAAUAUGUUGCCAUGUUGAUCCUGUAUCAGCUGCGUGAACUGAGGCUCACUCGAGUGAAUGUGUAACAUCUAAUGAUAUUAUCCCCGAUUAUUCGUUAACCUUGUUACCAACCAGAUUGUCAUCCUUGGUUUACAAGCUAACAUGCUAACAACAGUCCUCGUUAGCAGACGGUACUCGGUGUGCUAACAUCAGCUGCAGCUGUGCUCUUCAUCUCAUAAACUGUCAACAUCCUUUAAAGCGUCUUUUGUCUUGUAGUUAAACUGAAUUUUAUCUUCUGUAUCUCAUUUGUCCAUUGAGCAUGUGUCCGCUGUCUGCUGAGAGCUAAACUAGCUAGCAUGUGAAGCAUCCUAGUUAUCUUUAGCAUGUGUGAUAAUGUAUGAGAGCUAACCUGGGCUACCUCCGAGCUGUCUUGUAACUAGGAUGGCAGGAACCAAGUGUACUCAUUAUCUCUCGUGUAGUAUGGUGCAUAAACAUGAUCCAGUGCUGUGUGUUUAAGCUGGAAGCUGAAUGUGACAUUCCUUGGCAGCCCCAGCGAGCAAAUUACACGUGAAUCAGCUAACAGUGAACCAUUAUUAUCCACCAUGAUUGCAACUGCAUGUUGAAAAUGAAGCUCCUCUGCUUUGUGCUGACCACAGUGGACCGAAGAGGUGAGUCUGAGGAGUCUGGUGAUGAUGAGACCAGGAGGAGGAGUAUCAAUGGCGACGUUGACCCCAAUCUGCCCACAUCCACAAGUAAAUCUUCACACUUCUAAAAUUCAUCAUGAAAUUGACCGAGUUUUCAAUUUUAUUACCCAUAGUUUUCAACAUUACAUAACUAUAAAUCAUCCCAAUGAUGUCUACAUAAUGUCUGUGAAUACUUUCCUAUGAUACACUGAGGCCCUUGAGUCUACCUUAUCAAUAUCUUUCCAUCUUAUAGAUAAAGAAGAGUCCCCUGUCGACAUGGACACCAUCACCUUGGACCCUGAGGAAGAGGUCAGAAAAUGGUUCAAUCAUAACUACUGCUACGCUACAGCCACUCUAUGACGUUUAGUCAUAAUGCUGUGUAGUGAAAAGUUCCCCAUCUUUAUGCUUCAUUUUACUGAAGGAGUGGAAGGGAGAGAAAGUUCUUCAUUUGCAAUAAAAUGAUAUAUACAAGGCGUUAUUUUCAUUAUGGUCAAUAUAUCAGCACUGCAGCUGUACUUAAAUGUCUGUUCAGUCCACUUCUUUGGGCUGGAAACUUGGAUAGACAUGAGACAAUAAACAAUGUCCCAGAAUUACAGAUUUUAUGUUGUACUAAAAAAUGUGUGUCUUUGUAGGAUGUAGAUCUUGUUCACUGUCGUAUUGGAAAAAUUGAAGGGUUGGAGGUGCUACAGAAGGCUAAGGUAAGUAACCUUGGUGUUAACUGCCACUGUUAUCUGUCUCACUGAAAAGGAUGAGACUUUUCCAUUUUUUUACCAUAUAUUGCUUUGAAAAGACAUGGAAAAAUUUAUAAUAACAUUUGUUAAUUUUUCAUUUUUUAAAUUUCUUUUACAGACACUCUCCCUGCGACAAAAUCUCAUCAAAAAGAUAGAAAACCUUGAAAGUUUGAUUUCACUAAGGGAACUAGAUCUCUACGACAAUCAGAUUCGUAAACUUGAGAACCUCCAAAACCUCACAGAACUGGAGUAAGUAUGAUAAAAAUGCUUUCCAGCACAUCAUACAGCUUCUUUUCCAAAGAAAUCAAAGUUUUUCACUUCAAAGUCAUAUUUUUAGUCGAUUACAUGAUAGAGGAAACAAAUCUCACACAAUUUCCUCUGAUGAACAUGGCACAGCAUUGUGUAACAUAAAACUUGUUUCACUGAUCUACAGGCAGCUCGAUGUGUCUUUCAACAUUUUGAGGAAGGUUGAGGGUUUGGAGCAGUUGACUCUGGUGAAGAAACUUUUUCUGCUUCACAACAAAAUAAGCAGCAUUGCCAACUUGGAACACUUGACAUGCCUGGAGAUGCUGGAGCUGGGCUCCAAUCGCAUAAGGGUAUGACAUUAGGUGUUCUUAGGACAGCUACAGCAUGGGGAAUAAUAAUUAACCAUGCAAAUAUAACAUCAGAUAUUUUGGGUUUAUGAAAACGUGUAAUGUUUUGUUUUUGCCUUUUUCAUUUUGUUACACUUACAGGUCAUAGAAAACUUGGAUACACUUAAUACUUUGCAAAGUUUGUUUCUUGGAACCAAUAAAAUAACAAAGCUUCAGAAUCUGGACGGCUUACACAGUCUGACGGUUUUAAGUAUUCAGGUAUUUUCAUAGUAAUUCUCUGCAACAUAUUUGAUGGCUAUGAUUAUAAAACUGAAGUGUAUUAAUAGAACUGCUGUUUGAUGCAUUUGCUCACAAUUUUUUCGCAGAGUAACCGCAUCACCAAAAUUGAGGGUCUGCAGAACCUCGUGAACCUGAGAGAGCUCUAUCUGAGCCACAAUGGUAUCGAGGUCAUCGAGGGAUUGGAAAACAAUGUGAGUUAGGACAUUUACAGAAUUUUCUUUUUUUUAAUAAAAGGGCUGUUUCCAAAACUAUAUAAUUUGCUUACUUUAAAAACAUGCUUAGCCAAAUAAGCUUUUUUUCAUUCAUUUUGAUGUUCUCCCCCACAGAAAAAGCUUACAACCCUGGACAUUGCCGCCAAUCGAGUGAAGAGAAUCGAAAAUAUCAGUCAUCUGACAGACCUGCAGGAGUUUUGGGUACAGAACAUUUGCUUGUGAAUGGUUUUGUAUGGGUUAUAUGUGCAUGUUUCAUUAUGCAAGUUUCAGGGCAUUCCCCUCUGCCCCUUUCUGAUGGAUAUGAACUUAAAGUAGAAAGACAUAAAAAUGUGUUAUAUUGAUCAAUGGUGUUCACCACAAGUUUGAGCAGGCCUGCUAAAUAAGCAGCAUAAACACCUUUGGAGCCCUUAAACUGUCUACUUUUGUUAAGUAAUAUUUAUUCUUCCUAUUGGCUUAUUUUCCUCUCUUAUUUCUUUAAUGGUCUUAUCUCCUCCAGUUUGUGUUGAAGCUGUGCACAACAAAGCAAAGCGCAUUCUUCAAUUGGCUCUUUUGUCUUUCUGUCUCUCUCUAGAUGAAUGAUAAUCAGAUAGAUAACUGGUCCGAUCUUGAUGAGUUGAAGAAUGCCAAGUCCCUGGAGACGGUCUACCUUGAAAGAAACCCGCUACAGAAGGAUCCACAGUACCGGCGGAAGAUCAUGCUGGCGCUGCCCAGUGUACGCCAGAUCGACGCCACCUUCAUCCGCUUCUAGGCUGCAGUGAACCUUUCAGCUGCCAAAUUCAGUGUUCGCCUCUCACCACCCUGCCUGCCCCUCUUACAAAGUUAAUAUACAAAGUUCAUUAUGAAAACACACCGGCAACCCUGCAUCAUACUGUCAGUCCAUACAUGCGCAUACAUUCCAACAUCAAACUCACCCAUAGUUCACUGAACAUACAUGUAUGCAUGUAUGCACUAAUUCACACCUUGAUCUAUGCUAUUGUGUGGAGGCUUAUUUAUUAAUUAAGCUGAGUAUAAACUGUGAAAAGGAUUUCAAACAGUGACAUUUGCCAAUUUACUCCUGUUUUCUUCCUCUGCAUCUUUUUAUUUUUUCAUUGUUUUUGCAUGUGGGAUACAAAACAGAUCUCUCUUGUUUUUCACGCUCACACAGUGCCCAUCAGGACAAACAGAGGUCUUAUUUAGCUUGUUGAAGUUGCACGCUAAUCAGAUGUGAGGAAGACUUGCAUUCUGAAUCAUAAUGUUUUAAUUUAACCCUUUUAAUCUCACAGGGUGACACUGUUCUCAUAAGGUACACAGUGGGUUACAAAUGAACAUUUUAGAAGGGUCCAUUACAAAACAGAUCAGAUUUAAAAAAAAGCUGGUCUGUAUAUUUUAACCUUUAGCUUCUCUCUAGAUGUGUUUCACUAAGCUUAAGAAAUUUUCUAAAUGAGUCUCUAAACUUUCAGACACAAACUCAUUGACAGUAAAGCUGACGCCAUGCAGAUUUAAAUCCGAGUUGUGGCACAUAGUUCAUCAUUAAGAAAAGAAGCUGAAACUGAAAGCUCAUUCCCGCAGCCCAGCCCAUCUCUCGUCCAGAUAACUUAACCUUUAACCUUUAAUUUGACCCCUGCAGUAAAAUUCACAAGAAAGUAAAAAUCUGUUAAUAUGGCCAUAAAAAUGGUUUGGUUAGAAGGGCAAUGCUUUAUUUGAUGUAAACCCACAACACAUCGCUGAUGACGGCUCCAUGUUCUUUAGACUAUGUAAAGUGAGUUUAAGUGUAAGUUGACCUGAUUACAGUAAAAUGCAGAUCGUCUUUGAAGUUGAAUUUACAAACUAAUGGCUGGACUGGUUUCUCAUACCCGGAGUAAUGUUAAUCAAUGUAAGAUAUUUUACAUCUGACUGUUGUCAUCAAUUGUUCCAAAAUACAUGUUUUUGUUCCAAAUUAUAAGAUGUUUGACAGCACUCAAGUUGAAAGAUAAUCCAAUAUACUCAUUUGGCCAUCAGUAUUGCUUAAAAAUAAUUACCUAUAAAUAUCUAAGGAAAUUGAAAUAGUUUUUCUUACAGUCCCCUGUAUAUAAUGCUUGUCUGUACUUGCUUUACUCCCUUACGAUUUCGAAGUGAUGCAGCUUUUAUAUAAGAAAAAUUCCCACCUCAGGGUUUAAAGGCUACUCAUGGAUGCAGUUCAAGAGCAUCAGAUUUCAGUGCAUUGCUGGGUUUACAUGGUGAAGGCUUAACUAAGUGCUUACUGUGUAAUUUAAGAUGCUGACCAUCAUGAUGUAAUAGGCAAGAAAAAAACAUAAUACCAUGAUUUGUGUUGUGGCACAAGAUAAGAUCUUUUUAUUUUUAAUUAGACUCAAAGGUAUAUUCAAAUGUUAAUGAUUAAAAUCAUAACUCGAGAGCAUCGAGGAGCCCCUACAAGACUAUCAACAGUGAAGGUCAUUGUGCAUUAUUGAUAUGAAUGUAAUAUUGUUUUAUAUUCAGCUUUAUCAUCCUUAGGUUAAAACUGGCCAGUGUGAUUGAAAGCAUCGCUUUGUGUAUUUUGUAAAUAUAGUUUGGACAUAUCAUGAUGUAGAGAGACAGAACCAUCAUCACCUCCCCUUUGUAAAAUAAAAUCUCUCUUUUUUUUUUUUUUCUUUUGUCUUGUUUUUGUUUUUGCCAGGCAGCACUUCAGAUUUGUGUGAGGAACCAUUAUUGAUUUACUCUGGCCUUCACUGGUCGCUGACUGAGCAAUUAUUCAAUUGCUAGUAGUUCAUUGUUGUUAGAACUGAUUCUUCAGGUUUUGGACUUGGUUGAAGCUGUUUUCAAACUGAAUGUAUUAUGCAAAUAAUAAAAUGACACUACUCAAAAAGGAA